UCACACGGAGAGUGAGAGUAAGAGAGGGUUCUUGUUUUUGCGGAGCGUCAUUCUUUAUGAACGGCACACAGAGCAGGAGGCGUCUCUCCACAUUCACUCGUAUCAUCUUCUGCGUUGAGAGGACGAUGCCUUUCAGGACCGGACUUUUUCUCCUGAUGGUGCUGAACGCAUCUGCAUACGAACUGGAUCAGAACGAGUCUUAUGCGCCAAGGAGAGCACGCUUCUCUGCCAACAGCCCUUCAGAUGUGGCACGCUGUCUCAACAGUGCCCUCCAAGUUGGCUGCGGAGCCUUCGCCUGCCUGGAGAACUCAACUUGUGACACAGAUGGCAUGCACGACAUCUGCAAGUCCUUUUUAUACAGCGCUGCUAAAUUUGACACUCAGGGUAAAGCAUUUGUGAAGGAGAGCCUUAAGUGCAUUGCUAAUGGCAUCACCUCGAAGGCAUUCCCCACCAUCCGUCGCUGCUCCACCUUCCAAAGAAUGAUAUCCGAGGUCCAAGAGGAGUGUUACAGCAAGCUGGAUAUCUGCACUGUGGCCAGAUCUAAUCCAGAUGCUAUUGGUGAAGUGGCACAGCUGCCAAGUCACUUCCCCAAUCGGUUUUAUGGAAAGCUGCUGCAAAGCCUGAUGGACUGUGAUGAGGACACGGUGGACCGCGUCAGGACCAGCAUGGUGUCACGGCUGGGCCCAGAGAUGACCAUGCUUAUCCAGCUGCUGCAGAACAAGCCCUGCACGUCCACCGCUGUAGCUGCAGCUGCCGCCAUCCCAACAGGAGUGGAGGGCCGUGGGAGUUGGCGCUGGCCCAUGGGCCCCCAUUUGUACAAGAUCCAGCCUAAUCUGCGAAACAGAGACCCUGCCAGUCAUUUCGGCAAAAAGCGCUCUGCCAGUGACAGCUCCUAACUUCCGCUCAGUCAAAAAACAAACAAAAAAAAAAAACAUCUCCACACACCCCCUCAAAACAUCACGAAGAGCUCCUCUGUUCCCAAGGAGUGAUAAAAUCCAUUCCUCCGCAGGACCGAUUACAGAAGUAUUUCCCUCUAGGGAAUGUUGGAAUGUCCAUACAGUUGAUAUCAGAGUUUGAUUGUUGUUAUAUUGUAUAUCCUACACGUUAGGCUUGAGAGAAACCGCCCUUUCAUUGAGUUUUCAAUCGUGUCUGCUCACAGUUAGCGUUGAACACGUGACUGUUGCAUCCGUGUGACACAGUGCUGUUCACUCCUCUUCCCCAAUCCUUAAUGCCUCGCAAAAAAAAGAAAAGAUAAGAUAAGAAAAAAAAAACAGCCUGAUGGUUGAAGCCUUUAUAGCACAAGACCGUACUUUAAAAGACAAAAACAGAAUCUCAUAAUCCUGCCAUUUGUUCAUGAAUAGAAAUUGGUAGUUGGAUUAUUAUUAGUUUAGUGAUAGUGGAAGGGAAUUUGCUUUUUUGGGGGUAGAUGUCUAAUAUUUCAGCAUUGUGUUAAAUUGUGAGCAGGAGAUGUGGAAAUGAGUUUCAUGUCUGUUUUCGGACACUAUCAUAACACUUAAAUGUACUGUAUACUCAGGCUACAUCCCCACGUCUACAUUUUUGUUUUAAAACACACUUUUGCGCCGCCGGCUGACAACAUUACUGCGCUCUUAAAAACUGGCUCAGUUUUGGUUUGAAAACUCUGUGGCUGCAUUUUAGUCUGGAUGGGUAGAUAUGACGCAGUUACCUGAAUUCACAAACAACCCCGGCCACAACUACUACAAAACGUUGAAAAAGUUUAGUUAAAACUUACUUUCAGUUUCAGUUUCAGUUUCACCUCAUCAUCAGCCUCAUAACUCUGUACUCAGGUUCAGCUGAGCAGUGUCUGUCAUGGCUAGCUAACAUAGCAAGAGUUGCUAAUGUUGCUAAAAUGAUUUAACAUCCACCUUGUCCACCAUUCUUUGUGCGCACUUUGUUCGACAAAAAAACAUCGGCAACAACCUUGUCCGAGAACUACGUUUGCGCUGUGUCGUGUUUGAUUGGCUAGCACCUGUGUUGGUAUCUUCCCUAAACAAGAAGCGAUUGGCUAACGUUAGCGCUGUCAUUUCGAAUGGUGUCAGCCACAACUAAGAUUCUUGUUUUUGUGUGUGUGGACGCACGCGGGUCUUUGUUUUAACUUCAAAUGCCGUUUUUUAAAAAGAAAGCGACACGACGUGUGGAUGUAGCCUCAGUUAUGUAAGACAGCCAUAGCAAACCCUCUAAAAAAGAGUGUGCUCAUGCGGAGUUGAGGUCUGUCGAGGUGUCACGAUAACCUUUGAGAGGUUACCUUAAACUGACCAAAAAAAACAAAAAAAAACAAACACUUCAACCUGCCCUGAAUGCUAUUCAUGAAAUACCAAAAUAGUGUAAAAGCUAUAGCACUUACCUACACAUGGCAGAUGUAGUCAUGGUCACGUGUUUUAAAUCAUUAUCCAGGUCAUGGCAAAGUCUGUCUAACGGGUGUGGGGGGGCGGAUCCAUUCUGCAUAUCUUGUAUCCAGACACUUGUAAUGCAUAAGACUGUUGAGCUCUACAGUACAGGUGGGACCAUGUUAGGGGGGAAUCUGUAUCCAUGUUACUAACUGAGUGUGAGGCAGUCGUGUAUGUGCAGUCGCUGAUUAGCACGUUCACCGAUGAGAGUGAGAGCAGCCAUCUUCUUGGACUGAUGAUCAUCAUUCUCUGAGGUGAAUCAUGUGACAUACACACUGGCUUCCAGUGUCAAGAUUAAGAAUGACUAUUUAAAAGAAAAACAAAAAAGCCUUGUUGGAAUGAUAUUUAUUUUCCUACUAUAUUAUUUAAUGUUUUGUAUUAUUAUUAUUUGAAUGCAUUAUUGUAGUUUUUAAUUAGUUUACAGGUUUAAGGGAAAAAAAGCAAGUUCAGUCAUGGCUCCUAUUUGAACAUAAGCUCUAUGCCAAAAAAAAAAGAAAGAAGUGAGCUGACACUCUGUGUGUGUGUGACUGAAUGGGACCCAUGUCAUGACUCUGUGCUGGCCAUAGGGGAACACGGUUGGUCAUUCAGGUCAGGUGAUCUACUUCAUGGGUGUCACAGGGGACCACAACUAAACUAUAGCUUCAUUUUGACACGCUCUGGUUCAAAAGUGCAGGGAAAAAUGUGCACAAUGUUGAAGACUGAGCUGGUAGAGACAAACACAGCAGCUGCAGCAUGAAGUGACCUCAGUGACAGAUUUUUGCUGGUUCUGCAUUGGUGGUUCGUUUAUGUCGUUUAUAACCGUAGACUGUCUAUAAAAAAGUGGAUGUAGUUUUUUCUGGUUGCAAAACAAACUCCCUUCUUUGGAACCAGGUUCUUAUUGGACAAAUACCAGCUUCAAUCUGUAUGUUUGCAUGUACAGUUUAAUGGAGCUAAGAUCGUAGUCCGACUAAGACGGGUCCGAGUAUACAUGCAAAUGUACGUCUGACUCUGCAUCUCUCUAUUGAAUCAGUUUCCUGUUGACCUUUACGUCACAGAAAAAUUAAUUGUUU